UCUUGGUAUGAUGCUGUCUUGAUGUACGACCUGGAUGCUACAAUCGCGCUGCUCAUAUGUACAUGCUCAAAUCUCGCGUCGCUUCAUCUAGGGUUCCACAUUGGCGACGACGUAGUAUUUAUCCCUAGGCUCUUAUGGUCCCUACCUUCCAUCGAAGGCACAAAACAAUUUCCAAGAUGUGGCAACCUUCGAAAGAUAACUUUGGGAUAUACGCGUAUUAUUGAUGAGGACGAAGAAGAGUCUGACAUGUGGAGUCGGAUUGACUGGCUGCAUCCACAUUUAGACUGGAGGGGGUAUUGGGCUUUCUUCUGGUGUCCAAUAAUCCAGACCAUCGAGAUGAAUUUGAUGGAUGAGGUUGCUCACGAGGGAUUCCAGAUGAUGGAAUUCCCACCUCUCUGCUCAAAGCUGACGACUUUGAGGCUCUACGAGUCUUCCGUAACGCCAGACACACUGGCCAAACUGCUAUCUUAUACACCUGCUCUCAAAACAUUGGACUACGAGUACUGGACUACUCAUGAAGACUCGCUGGACUGUGGGUCGCUCAACGCAGCUUUUGAUGUCGUUAAAAGUACCUUGGAACAUUUGAGAUUUGUCUCUCAAAUGAAAUCGCCUACCGUGUAUGAAGACAGCCUCGUAAGCGGCAUGUGUAAUUUUCACGACUUUCCUGUGCUUUCCUCCCUUCAACUCCCGCCAGCCGUACUACUAGGCUGCAGACCUUUCUCUGCGCCCAGGCUAGAGGAAUCCAUACCAUCAAGCAUGAAGAAACUCUGCUUUACCGAUGACUUCUUUGGCGACGCCUGGGGCGCGGAAGAGUUGACAUCGGUCUUGAACGACUUUGUUGAAGGCGAUUGGGGAGCUUCAGCCCCCCAGCUCCAGCAGAUAUACGUCGCAAUUGAUAGGGAGUGGCUUGGUGAGGCUGAAGAUGAUUGUCUGCGGAAGUUGUGCGAGGAGAACGGAUUGAAGUACGAGCUCUAGACAUUGUCGACAAUAGACAUGGCAGCAAAAUUAAGGCUUUUGCAUCUGCGAUACAUACGACCAAUGUCGGGGGUUCCGAGGCAAGAACGCCGAAGCCGAAACGAUACGAGACGUUAAUGCAGUUG